GGAUGUAGAAAUGCUCAGGCUAACACAUCCUCCAGUGGCAGCAGUAGCCACAACUGGCCCAUCUCUGGCCUGCGCUGGGUGGGAGCCUCCAAGGAGCUCCUGCAUGGGGGCCUCAACCUGUUCCCCGUCUAUGACAGCGUGAGGGGACGCUGCUCUAGUCCAGAGAAGGAUGCUGAGCAGAUCGAGGAGGAACAGCUUGAAGACGUGAGCGUACUCUUCCGUUGACUUGAUCUGUCUCAUUGUUGAUUUUUACGUCUCACUUUGUCGAAGUCAAACUUAUUGGAUAAAAAGUUUGUACUUAGUUGUACUUAGGGUGCUGAAAGCUACAGAUUGCAACUUUUUCUUUGUCUACCUCUCUCUCUCCCUCCCUUCUCCCAGGAUGGUUCUGUCCAUUUCUCUGAGGGAGAGGGGAUGCCCAGGAGGUUCAGGCACGACAGAGGAGACAUCCGCGAGGACAGGAAACUGCAGCGAUGCAGAGCUCAGCAAGCAGGGCCCAGUCCCCAGUCCCCCCCACAUAGUACCGUAAACCUCGAUAGCUCCGGGAAAACGGUCCAAGCUGGGGCUGCCGACAGGACCUCAUCACACGAAUCAGUCAUCUCCAAAGUGCCCUUAAGAGUAAAUCUGCACGCCCUAUGAUAUAAUAUAUUCUAUUUGUUUUUCAAACUUCAGUUCCUAUUAGUGCUACAAUGCAAGUCUCAUGGUAUAGAAGCUUUCAGCUCUCUGUGGUAGAUGUGUACUAUAAUUUUUCUUUAUGUAUGCAUACCAAGUUCUUUCUGUAGGUCGCUCUGUUGAGAGAUGGGCUCAUUUGUUCUCUAAUUGUGCUUUUUCCCACUUAGCUACAGAUCAAAGUUUGCGGCCAGAGGGGCAGUCUGGGAAUCAGCAUUGCAGGAGGGAAGGGCUCUCUGCCUUACAAGGAGCAUGAUGAGGUCAGCCUUAAUGCAGGAACAGCAGAGCUGUCAGACUUAAUGCAGCACUGCUGCAACCCCAAUUGAGGCACCACCUCCUGCAUGAUAACGAUAGCUAAUAAUAAUAUAUGUGUAUUGGCAUUUAUAAAUGGCAGGAAUGUCAGCCAUCAGUAAUAUAGCUGAAUAUUUACUUAGGCAGUUGAUAUUUAAUUUCAGUGGUAGCUCUCAGCUGACAUAUUUCAGAAGCAUGAGGGAUGCAGACAAAUCCAGAUUCAGAUCAGAUUAUUAGAGGCGCAGUGAAACCGCAGUUGAUUCAAAAAAAAAUUACCAUUAAAAAAUUCACCAUUAAAUGCCGGUUGUUGUACUUCUACUAGUGUAUAUUUUCCUUUUUCAGGGCAUCUUUAUUUCCAGAGUGUCGAAAGGAGGGCCAUCGGAAAAGGCGGGUGUCCACAUUGGAGACAGAGUACUGGAGGUUGGACCAAAACAUCCUCCCAUGUAGUCCCUGUAGUUUUAGCAUAUCUGAUUAUUUACAUGUAGCUCUUAUGACCACCAGAUGAUAAAUCACCAGCAUACAUCCCCUCCAUACCAGGCUCAGUAAAAGAGGCCAUUGCCAUUCACCUCCUGGCCAGAGGAGGGCGCCAUUAGAUGGACACAAACUCACAAACUGUGGUCUGCAGUGUUAGACUUUUUUUUUUGCAUGUAUAGGCUCCUGUUACAAAGGAGUUAUGCUGGUUUGUAGAACAAAAAACAUUUUCCUCUACAAGCAAGUAUAGAAAUAUCUAGAGAGUAGAUAUCAAUAUGUGAGUGAUAUUGGUCUAAGAGUUGACCUUUCAUUUGCACUACAUAUUAAAUGUCAAACUCUUAGACCAAAUGUGGCGAUGAAUGAGCUAUUGUUGUCCCAUAAAUAGACCUGUUUAUUUUCAGUGAAUGCACACUUUGAUGCGAUAGCUUCUACUGCCCACCCUUGACCCCUGCUUCUACUUUCGCUGGUGUCCAACCAGAUCAUUUGUCACUUGUCCAUCCAGGUCAAUGGCCUGGACAUGCAGGAGGUCAGCCACCACGAAGCUGUCACCGCCCUGAGGAAUGCUGGGAGCUGCAUCAAGAUGAAAGUCAUGAGGGAGAGGGCUAUCCAGAGCCUCGACACCUGCCGGGCCCAGCAGGAAAACUCUGUUGCCGUCACCGCGGAGACGGACAUUCUCAUGAGCUGGCAGCUUGUUGACCUGGAGGAUGGACGCCAGCGACCCAAGGCCCAGCAGCCAGGCCCGGAGCCCUCUGUGGAUUGUGACCUGACCAAGAGGAUUGAGGCUGUAGUCUGUAACGGCAAUGGAGUGGUGAGUGGAGUUGACCACUCCAAUGGCUCUAACUAUAAUUGUGUUGACAAAAGAAAGGUGAGGCAGAACAGAAUCAUUUUAGGUUGGGUAUUUCACAGGUUUCAGAAAAUCCUCAAGCUGUCCUUUUAAAACGACUCCAUUAUUAUACUGUCUUGUUUUCUCUGAACAUUCUCUCCACCUAGGUUAAGGUUUUCAUUAUUGUUCAUGUCUUUGGUUCUUUUCAGUCUGAUCUGCAGAGCGAUCUUAAUUGGUCGUUCUUUAAACGAGAACCGGAGGCCUCGUUUAAAAGCAAUGCACUUCAAGUGGUGAAAAAUACCAUGACGGUAAGCAAAAGGCUCUUUCUCAGGGGUCAAAAAAAUAUGUCCUUUCCUCACCCCCUCUCCUUUAUCUACACUGGUCUGAAAAUUUGACAAGGGGAAAGCCAGUUGGUGGAUGCUCAUCAUUAGGCUGGUUUUCACCUGGUCAAGUCUUUUACAACCAGUCCAGAUAAGGGGAAGGAGUCGAAGGCAGGACAGAUUAUUUUCUCUUUUUUUAAAAGAGUUUCUGAUGCACAUAACCGUGGGAAGUAGGUGUGCUGGGGGUGCUGCAUCACACCCCCUGAUAAAUGGAAAUAAUUUUGCCAACAUUAGUCUUUAAAAAAUAUUUUCCCCAAAAUGAUAUUACUCCUGUCUGAACAGACAUAAAUAAAAUAAUAAAAAAUACUACACCAGAGAGUGUAAUUUAGCUACAGAGUAUCAAUAGCUUCUAAAGAAUUUCUGUGGAUUAAGUUUAAUCACAAACACUUAGUCGGGAAGGCCGCAAUUUGGGCAGUACGAGCGCUAAAUAUAGAACAGCUUGUUGCAUUGUGGCCAUAGACAUAAUCCAUAUGACGAUUUUGGAACCUCUAACCCUGGCACUGACUGUUAAACUCAUGGAUACACUAGCAAUGGCUGCCAGUCCUGACUUGAAUGGGAACUGCCAUCUAUGGAUUAUAUUUGUAUGGCUGUCAGUUUACCAUUCACAAAUUUCAAAAUACAAUCGCGAGAAAAACAUAGGCCUGCUGUUUUGAAAGCAAAUGCCUACUGCUGAAAAGAGAAGACUAAUCUGUCUGUAGAAGCAAAUAAAACAAUUCUCAGCAACGUUUGAGCGAUUCUGAGUGAACAGCACUGUUUUUCAAAGUAGCUUAUCUUGAGAUAUUGGCACAAGCUAAAGUUUAUUUAUAGCAUACUAUAUACAGUAUAUACUAUAUAUCAGGGUUUCGGAUAGGAGAAUUUGGUGCCAGACAAGUGACUGGGAAGAUUAAAAUGUAUCAAUAAACGAGCGAUAUUGGCCAAGUGAGCCACAUUUACAUAUCCUUAACAGCCUUUAACAAAUUACAGAAACACUAUUCCUUGUGUUUGGAUAGCGGCCAUUCUGACCUUGAGCAAGGCAGUUAACCCCCAACAAUAACUGCUUCCCGGGCGCCGAUGACGUGGAAGUCGAUUAAAGCAGCCCACGUCUCUGAUUCAGAGGGGUUGGGUUAAAUGUGGAAGACACAUUUUGGUUUAAUGCAUUCAGUUGUACAACUGACUAGGUAUCCCCCUUCCUGUUAACUUUUAUUGGUUUUUACAUUCCUAAAACAAUAAUUGUCCACCUCACGGUUCAGCUGUCAGAGAUUUGAGCACUAAAUGCAUCAGGGCAUUGCAUGCAUAGGCCUAUAGGCUUAGGCGUCCACUGUAUGAUAUUAAUAUUUUAAAAAAUAUAUAUAUAUAAAGGAAGAGAAGCUUAGGCCUAACCCCAGAGAGCGAGAGAUAGAGAUAUGCUACGACCCCAACAUGCAUUUAUUUAUCCUUGUCUGAUAGGCUACUGCGUCUGCUUUACAGAUAUAGGCGUACAGAAGGAGGCUAAUUUGUUAUUUUUCAAUCAAAAUAUUUUUUCAAGAUAAGCAUUAUGUUGUUAGAUUAUAGGAGCAACUCUGGUAGGCCUCAAACAUUCUUCCUCACCUCAAGUUCAACUGUCGGAGUUAGUUGGAGGGCAAGUGUGCACUGCCUUCAUAUCAUAGGCCUGCAGUAUAAUAGGCUCAUAGCCACACCACACCAAACCUUCACACAAGUUUCUAAACUUUAUUAGGGUAAUAUCAAAAGUAAGUCAAGCCAUUGUUUAUAGCGAAAAUACGAGCAGGAUAUUAUGUUGCGGCAAACACAACAUUACAGUUGAAACUUCAUUUGGUCAAAGAAAAUGUCUCAACAGAAUGAAACAAAACACGUUUUGCAUAUUUAGAUUUAAUAAAUAGGCCUACAAUAAUAACAAUGAUAUACAAUAAUAAUCAUGGUAAAAGAAAUUAUUAUGGAUACGAAAAAUUGCAUCCUACCUGAAUAGUGAGUUGCACAGUAGUAGCCCGCAUUUGGCCAUUUGUGUGGUAUUAAAUAUUCUGUUAAUGUCGUCUAUCAUGUAAAUGCUGUAGAACUGCAUGAAAUGAGUUGACAAAACGCUAAAAAAAACUACCAAAGUUGUCUGCUCAGCUGUAUGCCACCCCCAAGCAUCCCCCAAAUCAAAACAUCUUCCCCCCGCGGCUAUGCUGUUGCAAUCUUUGCAACUCGUCAGUCAUCUCAGUGUCCCUUAGAUGUACACUCUUGUUGAAUAAUUCAUAAUUUACAGUAUUAGCACUAUCAAACGACCUUAAAGGGAUUGUUCACUUCAAACGUUUGUCAGAUGUGUUCAAAGCUCAUAAGUGGUGUAAUGUCAAGUUUAGGCCAUGUCCCACACCAUCUGUUGUUUAGAUCCAACUAUAGUAUACCUCAACCCCAGAUUAAUCGAAAAGAUACACUUUUUUCAGUGCCUCUUUUCAAUUCAUUUGGAAUUGGGGUGUAAAUCUAGACAACAGAUAGUCAGAUGUGGACUCAUCACAACAAUUGUGAAAUGUCAGUAUGCCGUCAAACUAACUCAUUUUAUUUCCCACCCAUUAAUGUUCAAUUUCUGGACAAUUUCCUGCUAGAUACCUCGGAUUAUCCUCACCCACCCCUCUACCUCAGACGAGGAUGUAGAGCCCUUGACACAGGACCCUGACAGUGAGGCAUUAGAGGACUUUGAAGAUCCUGACAGCCACAUCCACUCUGAGUGCUUUAACAGUGCUUUCUAUCCCCCCUGA